AUGGACACAGACGAUGCAAUUGCGAUAGUAGGUGUUGGCUGCAUAUUUCCCGGCGCCGAGAAUUUGGAAGAAUUUUGGCGUGUUUUAGAGAAUGGGGAAGAUCAUGUACAGGACAUCCCUAAAGACAGGUUCAAUGUGGAUGCCUUUUACGAUGAAGACCCAGACACCCCAGGGAAAACGUAUAUUAGAAAGGCUGGCCUUACAACUGUAAAGGAGCACGAUUCACUUCAUCGCUGGGAUAAUAAGUUUUUUGGUAUUGGAGAAACUGAAGCCAAAAGAAUGGAUCCUCAACAGCGCCUGGUACUAGAGUGCGUGUAUAUGGCCAUGGAAGAUGGUGGAAUUACAAGGAUACAUCUCAAUCGUUCGGAUACAGGAGUUUAUAUAGGGGCCAUGAAUAGUGAAUUUGAGACAGUUGCUGCAACGGAUUUAAACAUGGUGUCGAAUUAUUCAGUCACGGGAUCAAGUCGAAGCAUUAUAUCUGCUGCUGUCGCUUAUCAUUUAAACCUUCACGGCCCAGCCAUUACCUUGGACACGGCUUGUUCAUCUUCAUUGGUUGCAAUCCAUAUGGCUGCGCAAGCUAUAAAAUCAGGGGAAAUCACCAUGGGGAUAUGUGGGGGAGUGAAUGUUCUAAUGAACCCUUCCAUGUUCGUAGCAUUGGCAAAAGCAAGGAUGGCGUCUCCAACAGGAAAAUGUCAUACUUUUUCUAAUCAGGCUGACGGAUAUGCUCGUGGCGAAGGAUGUGGCAUUGUCUUUCUGAAAAAACUUGGAGACGCAAUAAAAGACAACAACAAAAUCUGGGGAACAAUAGGAACUGGUUGUAAUCAAGACGGGCAUGAAAAUUCCCCAAUCACAGCUCCCUCUGGUGAUCAACAAGUCAGACUUUUACAAAGGAUUUACGGGAAAUCCGGAAUUCAUCCACAACUUAUUCAAUAUAUUGAAGCUCAUGGGACUGGAACUCCAGUUGGUGACCCAAUCGAAGUCAAUGCCUUAGGAUCAUAUUUUGGACAAAAUUGUGCUGAAAGCAAAAUGAUUGGAUCAGUGAAGACAAACAUAGGUCAUUUAGAAUAUGGUGCAGGGAUUGCAGGAUUAAUCAAAAUUUUGCUAAUGAUGAAAAAAGAACGAUUUGUACCAUCUUUGCAUGCAAGUGAACUAAAUGAAAAUAUUCCAUUUAAAAAAUAUGGUUUUAAGGUUUGUCAGAAAGUUGAAAAAUGGAACCCUGACAACUAUGGUGCAAGGAUUGCAUGUGUAAAUUGCUUUGGCUUCGGUGGAACGAAUUCACAUGCAGUCGUGUUUUGCAAUAAAAUUGCAACAUCAAGUAAAAGAGCUGAUAUUUCUACAAAAGGAUCUGAGAAUAUUGCUUUCCCUUCGAAAAUAAUAUUUGUGCUUUCGGCAGCAACACGGGAGUCCUUUAAGAAGAAUGCAGACCAUUUGUGUCAAAAUGUGCAAAUGAUAUCGAAUCUUUGCGAUCUAUCAUAUACAUCUAUUUACAGAAGAGAUCACUUUAAAUAUCGGCAGCUGAUAGUUGCAAAAGACAAAUCAGAUCUUCAAAAGCAGUUAGGACAGUUAUCUGAAGCAAAAAAUCUUUUUCAAAAUCUGGCCUUUAAACCGCCAAAUAUUGUGUACGUUUUCUGUGGUGUUGGGACAUCCUGGGUUGGCAUGUGUCAAGAAAUGAUCGAAAACAGUCCAAAGUUUAAAGAAUCCAUUACUAACAUCGAUAAAUCUUUGAGGGCUGUAGAUGCAAGUAUGUCAGUGUUUGAAAUGCUUCAAAGUUCAGAAGACAUUACCCGAAAUCCCAUAAAAAAUCACAUAGCCAUAUUUGCAUGCCAAAUAGCCCUUUGUGCAACAUGGAAACAUAUAGGAUUUUUUCCCACAGCAAUCAUUGGACAGUCGGUUGGGGAAGUGGCGGCAGCUCAUGCAUGUGGAUCGUUAACACUAGAAGAUGCUGCGAAAGUUAUAUAUCACAGAUCCCAAUCACUGGCAUCAUGCAAAACUGGGAGUAUGAUGGUGAUACGAAAUUGUCCUGUCAAAGAUGUUGAAGAAUGUUGCAAAAGCUUAGUUGGUCAUAAAUCAAGCAUAGCUGUUUAUAACAGCAACGAGUCAUGCACUGUAUCGGGUGAUUUAAGUGCUUUGACCGAAAUGAAAAAACUUCUCCCUAAAGAAUCACAUUUUAUUUCAUUGCAAACAGAUUGUGCCUACCACAGUUCUCAUACAAUACCAGCAGGUGAAAAAGUAGUCGAACAUCUAAAUGAUCUGACAUUGAAUGCCCCAAAUGUUGAUAUUUUUUCAACAGUUACUGGAAGCGAAGUAAAGGAUAUUCAUUUCUCAUCAGCAUCGUAUUGGGCAGAAAACAUCACAAAACCUGUACUUUUCAAACAAGCAGUAGAGGCAGUUAAAAACAAAUAUGAGAAUGUAAUUUUCUUAGAGAUUGGUCCACGGCCUGUUUUACGAGCACAUUUAUCGAGCAUAUUUGGACAUUCUGAUGAGUUAGCAUUGCCGUCCAUGAACAAAGAAUCAGAGGUACCCACGUUCAUCAACAGUUUGGCAUUAUUAUUUGAAAAGGGCAUAAAUCCAGUUUGGGAAAACUUAGUUCCAGAUGAUGGAACACUCUGCUCAUUUCCAAACUAUGUAUUUUCAAAAGUGGAUUGUAGUUUACAAUCAGAACAUGUUAGAAGGUGGACGCAAGAAAGCAAUAUAGAUGCUGCUAAUGGUCGUAUAGUAAAGAAACUCCCUGGACAAAUUGCGGCAUUCAGUGUGGAAAUAUCGAAAUACAACACGCCGUUUGUAUUCGAACACCUUGUUGAAAAUAUAAUUCUAAUACCAGGAGCUUUAUUUGGAGAAAUAGGAUUAGAAAUUGGAAGACAUAUUUAUGGCGGAGAAAUUGAAAAGAUUGAAAUUGGUUGGAGUAUUCUGUCUCCACUGGAAGUUAAUUCGAAUGAGGAAAAGUCUUUGAUCGUUUCUACCAACAAUGUUGACGACAAUGAGACAACUUUCUUUGUAAAUGUAGUUGGGGAAACUAGAAUUCUUGCAAAUGGCACUAUUCUGAAACGCGAAUCGCCAGCCUUUUCCAGUUUAUUGGAUGUUUCAGCAAUAGGAUUCUCACUUGGAAAAAGAAAAAUGCAAUUCGAUAUCUACAGACAUUUAAGUAACCUUGGCUUCAAUCACGGUCCAAUGUUUCGAAUAAUUACAGACUUUGAGGUGGAAAUGAAUGAAAGUUUGGCUGAAAUUUCUUUACCCAAAAAUGUUUUGAUGGAUCUUCAUAAAACAUCGUUUCAUCCCGUAAUCAUUGAUGGGAUGUUUCAGUCAUGUAUACAUUCAAAUUUAGCACUACUGAUCCCACCAAAUUCAAGAGUACUUCCGGUGAAAGUCAAUAGUCUUGUUGUUAAACAAGCACCAAUCCAAAAGAUGCGCUGUUAUACAAAGAUGAUGCUGCAUCACAAUGUGAAACUAGUAUCCAAUGCCAUUCUUUUAAAAGAAAACGGUUCAGUUGUUGCUGAAAUUGUAGGCUUUGAAAUGCAGAUAGUUAGCGAAGGAUUUGAACAUCAAAAACUCUUUUUUGAGGAAAAGUGGAAAGAAAUGGAUGUUCCUAGUUUCCCGUUCUCCCGUUGUAGGCAAAGAAUAAUUCUUUCAUGGAGUGAACGAAAAAUGCAGUUGAUGAGUGAUAUACUUUCUGAGGGAUUGGGAAGUAUUCAAAAUGUAAAUCUUUCGAGUUAUUUUGAAAGAGAGUGCUUCAUCAAAAAACUCAACAAUUUAGAAAACAAGACAUUGAUUUUCAUUCCAGGAAUGUCACUAUUGAAUGAGGAUACUGAACAAACAAAUACGUAUGAAAACAUAAAGCAAAAUGCACACUUCUUUCUGCAGGUUCUUCAAUCCCCUCAAUAUGGCAAAAAACAUAAUCCUCAUCCUAACUGAAAAUGUCCAAAUGAUCACAAAGGUUUCUAACGUUGACGUGAUGGGCUCUGAAUUAUGGAGAAUGGCUCGUUCUUUCCUCAAAGAAAAAACGUCUGCGAACAUUACAAUGUGUGACGUACAAGGACAGUUUGCACAGUUACGACAUAAUCUCUGUAGAAUGAUAUCUUUUCUCGAGAAUGGCGUCGGACACGAAUCUCCGAAAGAGUUUGUUAUUUCGGAUGGAAAGGUUUUCACCAAUACGUUUGAUAGAAUUCCUGUAGGUGAGUUUGAGAUGUCAUUUAGGAGAGAGAAAAUGACCGAGAGAAAAAAAGUUGCUAUACGAUCUUCGAACAAUCGCAACAUGCUUCCAUUUUAUGCAGUACCAGCGUUAUCACAAUCACCGUACACAAAACAAGAUUACAAUAUUUCCAUCAAAGAAGUUCUCUUAUGCUCACAAAAACUGCUAUUUCAUCCCUACGAUAUUACCCCAAUAAGGCAACACUGGGAACCUGAAAAUGAUGCUGGGCAUGAGGUUUUAUGCUGUGAAUUUUCGGGACUAUUCGAAAGGGGUGAGAAACAAAUUGAGGUUAUCGGUUGUUGUUUGAAAAGUAUCAUGUCAAAUGUUCAAGUAAAAAGAGCAUGCGUCUGCUUGAAAUCAGUCGUAAAAAAUUACGAAAUCGGAAUGUUUUAUACCAUGACUGUUGCCAUGAGCUUUGCAGACCUGAUUGAAAGAAAAUCUUCAGUUUUUGUGAUAUACGAUGAGAAUUACAAAAAUAUAUCCGAACAACUUUGCCAUUUGCUUCAUCAAAAGUUAUGUACCACAUACAGUGCUGAAUUUGACUCAUCAAAAGACAUUCAGCAUCCAACUGCAACAGCUUUGAUAAUAUUAUCAAAACACAUUAUCUGUUCAUUGGAUGUUAUCAAUCGCUGCUUUCCCAUGUUAAAACAUUUGCUGAGUGUUCGCGGAUUACUUUCAUUCUCAGUCUAUGCGGCGCAUCCUACCAGAGACAAAACUAUAGAAACGUCUUUCAUUGAUCUUUAUGAGAUCUUUAAAGAAACAUCGAUGCAGACCACCUUUUUUCAUGUAAAAAGAUGCCUAGCCAAAGCCAAAUACCAAUGUAAAAUUGACAAUCAGGAUUGUGUAUUGAAUUUUGCUGCAGUUAAACCUACAGUUCCUUUGAAGGUACCUAAACAAAUGCUGAUUAGACAUGAUUCUGCAUAUGUUGUUAUCGGGGGACUUUCAGGCUUAGGAUGGGAGAUAAUGAAAUUCCUGGCAAGUCAAAAAGCCAAAAUUGUGAUCAGUAUGUCAAGGCGAUCGCCAUCGCCGACAGUAAAAUAUCGGCUUGAAAAUCUACAGCUUCUUCGAAAUACUGAAGUUUGGCACGUGAAUGCAGACAUUACGGACCGAAAAAAUCUUGAGAAUGCUUUCUUUGAUCUUGAGCACAGGCUAGCAGAAACUCCACUCCGUGGAAUAUUUCAUGGUGCAGGAGUCCUACAUGACGCUCCAGUUGAAAAACUUACUCUGGAUAUGUUUGAUAAACCACUCAUGCCUAAAAUCGUUGGUACCUUGAAUCUGCAUCAUGUAACAAAGCAUUUGGAACUUGAUUAUUUUCUUUUACAUUCAAGUGUGGUUUCGCUACUUGGAAAUGGUUCCCAAACCAAUUAUGCAGCUGGAAACUCAUUCAUGGAUGCUUUUGCCCAUUAUCGACGUUCUAUUGGACACCCUGCCCAAGUAAUUAACUGGGGACUGCUAAACGUUGGCAUGGGAGCUGAUCAAAAUAUCCAGUCUAUAAUGGGAGCUGAUCAAAAUAUUCAGUCUAUAAAUGCAUUGAAUGGACUAUUUCCAAUCAGCACAGCUCAGAUCACGUCAUCAUUAAUGCAUGCAUUGCUGAUGAACAGAACACAACUGAUGGUGGCGGAUAUCGAUGUUUCUAUCGGAGGCAUAAAAUUUGAGGACUUGCAGUCUCCUCGGGUAAGCAGUAAAUUGCAAGAAAACCACAAUGUGGUGAAUUUACUCCAAAGAGAAUCUCAAUCUAGAGAAGAUUUACUGGAUAUAUGGAUUCGUUUUGUCAAAAUGUCGUCAGCUUCUGUUCUUUCUGUUGAAAGUGAUGAAAUAAAAGAGUCAUCUAUUUUA